UCGCCUUAUUAAAUUCUCUUCUUCAAAACCAAAACCAUUUCCCCACUUCCGCUCGGCUUCAACUUCAGCCCCAACCACAAAGACGACAGCUUUCUCCUGCCUGGUGGUGCACGCCGGCGCGGGAGCUUGCCUCCUAUGCUCGCCGGCGAUGCCCAGCCCGCUGAAGCGCCCCAUCCCCGGCCGCCUCGCCCGCCUCCUCGCCUCCCUCCGCCCGCCGGCACGCGCGGGCCCACUCCCCGUCCAGACCGGCUUCCCGACCUCCCUCGCCGACCUCGUCGUCAAGAACCAUGACCGCCUCAAGAAGCCCAGGCGCCGCCACCGACCGACCGCCGCCGCCGCCCCCGUCGAGCCGACGCCGCCGCAGCAGCCUAGGCGCGAGGGCGUGGUGUCGCCUGUCCGGGACAAGGCCUGCGGCGUCGCCGUUAGGCUACGGCCGGAGUUGCUCGGUGUCGGCGCCGGCGCGGCGCUCGCGCUCCUGGUGAUCUGGAGCAGGUGGUUGGUGGCCGCGGUCACCGUCGCCUCGCUGUCGCUGUUCUGGAUCGAGUCGGUCAGGUCGUCCCCCUCCCGCCGCCGGCCACCGCCACGGCCUCUCGCGGCGGAGACCGCCACUGAGCUGCCCGAUUCUUGCGGCCGCGGCGCUGUCUCGCCGAUCCGGGAGGUGGAGUCGUCGGCGGCGACGCCAAGGUUGAGCUUCGCCGACUCCGACAAGGGCAGCGAGGUUUCCAUUUCCGUCUCUGUCUCCUCCAUUCGGACCGACGAGCGGAGCGAGCUCGACGGCGGCGAUUCGACGAGCCAUCCCACCAGGAGGAAGGAGAAGAGGAGGUGGCUGAGGAAGCUGAUCGCUAAGAAGAGGAACAGCGAGAAGCCCAAGGAGGAGAAGGAAUCCUCGUUGGUCUCCUCCCACGGCGAGCUCAACCAGCCCGACGCCGCCGGCCUGGUUGUCGGCAACGCCGCUGAGCAGCCAGAAGCCGAGCAGCAGCAGUCACCGGCGGAAGGUCCACGAGGAGGCGCAUUGUCCCUGGCGGCGGUCGUGCUCGUAGGCCUCGUCGCCGGAAAGCUCCCGGCGGUGGCGGUGACCGUGCUCUGCGCCGUGUUCUUCAGCUCAGUGGAGAGAAGAGCUCACCAGCUAGCUUAGUGAUGAUGAACUGAUCCGAGUGACUAUCAAUCACCUCAGAUUUCUUCAGAAAUCAAGAAUCCGCUCGAAACCGAGGGAAACUGGCGCAAAUUCAGAUCAAGUUUGUUUGUUUGUUGUAAAUUUAGAGGCCAAAAGAAAAAGGAAAACACAGAAUCAAAUGUAUACAAGUACAUCUCUUCUCUUCUUGUUCGUUCGUCCAAGUGUUUUUGCAAAUCACAUUCCUUCUUUACUCUGAAUAAGAAGUGAAAUGGUGGUGUUCUUGCUUGAUGAUUAGCUGACUGAUUUGGUUAUGUCCGGUUGACCAGCGCAUUCCUCAUUGUGCUCCACACAAGAACAGUUCCAUGACAGUGAUCUUGCACUGGAAGUCUUAAACAAACCGGAUUGAUAACUACGUCUUGUGUGAUCAUUUUCUUUUGUGGCCACAUAUUAGUAUACUAGGACCACUGCUGCCAGAAUUCAGGAGCGGUGGUGAUGAACAGCUUUGCUUCUUCAGUGUAGGAGUAGUGUGGUUUUGUGCAGAUUGUGCAGAAUGCACCAGCAGAAGUGGCAUGUGCAUAC